GUCUCUGACGUAGCCAGUCGGAAAGUGCUCAUUACAGCCUAUGGAGCACCGAGAGAGAAGCAACUCAAUGACAACCGAUGCAAAUCUCAAACUUGGCGUCUCUCUCUCCCACUGAAUAUGACUAAUGUUUUUUUCUUGUUCGCAUAGCAUUUAGGAAUAUUUACGCUGCAUAUUAACUGUAAAUAGCCUACUGUUUAUUCUUUAUGACUUUAUGUUAAAAAACUUGGUGAAGAAAUAAGGACAGUAGCUACCCGCCGCCGGACCCUUAGUGAGGAGGGAUUCUGGUUUUCUUUUCCUUUAAAAAACAAACAAACAAUAGAAAUCGGAUGUUUUACAGUGCAGUCAGAUAGGGUCGAGUGUCUCUCCUCCCCUGCACACCGCGGCUACCUGGAGAGAAGAUUUGGAUUAAGUCUAAUGAACUGGGGGUAAAUAAUCUCCACGGGACCAUUUACGGGGCGAAACCAGAAUCGUUGUCUCGCUGUGGGAUUUUUUUCUACACAUCUUAAGGCUGAAGACGAUGUCUGUCCGGAGAUACUUUGUCGCUUUUUCCAAAUGCACAGUUCUUCUCUCUCUGAGGAUUUUGCUUCUUGUGCCUGCAGGGUUGCCAGUCCGCAGCCAAGGGGAUUCUCAAUCCGACAACAAAGUGAUGGACAAUAUCACCGUCCGACAAGGAGAGACUGUCUUUCUCAGGUGUGCACAGGGGGACGUUGUCACACACACAGCAUGGCUAAACCGGUCAAGUAUACUGUAUGCCGGAGAAGACAAAUGGUCUGUGGAUCCCAGAGUGAGUCUGGUGACCCUUAAUCAAGAGGAGUUUACCAUCAAGAUUGAACGUGUGGACAUGACAGAUGAGGGGCAGUAUGUGUGCGCAGUCCAGACAAGCAGUCGACCAAGAACCACCUCAGUGCACAUUCUCGUCCAAGUACCACCAAAAAUCAUCAACCUGUCAAGAGAUAUUGUGGUAAAUGAAGGCUCCAACAUCACCCUGAUGUGCCAAGCCAGUGGUAAACCAGAGCCUUCCAUCAGCUGGAAACUCAUCUCCCCUUCAGGGGACCUGGCAUCAGACGAUGAGUACCUGGAAAUCCCAUCUAUCUCCAGACAUAGAGCUGGGACUUACGAAUGCACAGCCGUCAACGAUAUCGACACAGACGUCCAGACCGUAGACAUCACCGUCAACUAUGCUCCAACUGUGUCAGAGGGCAGAGACGUUGGAGUGACUCUGGGCCAAAGAGGAGUGCUGGAGUGUGAGGCUGAUGCAGUGCCUGAGGCAGAUUUUGAGUGGUAUAAAGAUGACAGGAGGAUCCUCAAUGGCUUUGAUGGCAUGGAAAUUGUGAAUACUGGAUCACUGUCGAAGCUGACAUUUUUUAAUGUGUCGGACGGAGAUUAUGGCAACUACACUUGUGUCGCCAUUAACAAACUUGGGAGCUCAAACACAAGCUUCCUUCUGUAUGUGGUAAUUGAACCCACUAGCUCAACGCUACUGCAAGGACCGAGAGCAGUUCAGGAUGGCAGCGGUGGCGCCAUGGGAGUGCACUCACACACCUGUCUCCUCUUCAUAGUGUUUCUGCCGUUCCUGCUCAGAUUUUGAAGAGGAAUGGAUUCGAACACAAAUGUUUGUGUGUGUGCGUGCGUGCGUGUGUGUAUGCGUGCGUGCGUGUGUGCGUCUGAUGUUUUCUUUUCAACCGGAACCAUAAACUGAUGCACAGUGAGUGCAUGAAGUAUCCUGCUACGUAAUUAUGUUGACCCACUAAAUAAGUACGUAACAAAAGUUUCUGUUGUUUUUUUUUUAGAUUUCAAGGAUGUAACAAAUGUUUCACAUUUUAAUUGAAUUAUGUUGGAUAUUUUUCUCUCUAAAUUAUAUAAUUCUGGAUUGUCUCUUUUUAUGUAUAUGUCUCUGAAAAAAAAAAAAUACUUUUUUAA